AGGUAGGAUUGGUAAUCAAUACGAGUUUAACAGAGCUAAGAAGUACACAAUGCCGUCCCGGGAUUCUACCCUUGCAAUGUUACCGAAGCCCGAUGUGUUACUGCAGUCUGCGGUGUAUGAACACCUAUUAAACCACUUACCCUUACCCACCACGUCACAGAACAUAGGUAAGCAAAGUUACCUCGGCCUGUGUACGUCUCUAAGACAUUUCACUUCUUUUUGAAACCCGCGUAGUUGGUCUAUGAGACAACGGGUCUGGCCUUAACAGUUUAGCCAUGAGCGAAGAGAGGGAGAGCAGCUGAAUGUGACACAAGCACAUCAAUUUUUCCUUAAGGACGCCGUUAAUAUUUUAAAUACUAUCUCAGUCUUAAAACUUAAGGUUAGUUACCUACCUGUAAUUACACUGUAUCUUGAAUUACAAAAAACCAUCGAGUAAUCCUUAUUGCUGUUAAUAUACGGCAAAAAAUAAAAUAAAAUGGCUUUAACCAUAGCCGCGGCCACCGCGGGCGGCGUUGCCCUCGCGGCCUACAUGGACGCUCGCUUCCACAUCAAGAACGACCUGACGCUGGGAAGCCAGCAGCUUACCAACGCCCUGCUGCUGAGGCACAUUGCCCAAGAGGCCAAGAGGGGCCGGAUGCUUCUCUACCACAUCUUCGAGGACCGCGCCAAAAACAGCAACGCGAUGGGCGAUCUCACGUUCCUCAUGUUCGAGGGCCGCGAGUGGACCUACCGCCAAUUCUACCAGGCGCUCCAGCCCGUCGGGAACUGGCUGAUCAAGGACCUGGGCAUCGAGAGGGGCGAGAUGGUGGCGCUCAACGGCGGCAACAGUCCAGAGUACGUCCUGCUCUGGCUCGCGCUCGAGGCCAUCGGCGCGACCGUGGCGUUCAUAAACAACAACCUGACCUCGGAACCCCUGCUCCACUGCGUCAAGGUCAGCGGCGCGCGGUACAUGCUCGCGGACGCAGACGUCCGCCCCCUGGUCUCGCCGGACGAGGACGAGCUCGCGAAGGCGGGCACACAGACGGUGUACUACGACCCCUCCUCCCUCGCCUCCCUUGCCGACGCGGAGCCCCUCCCCGCGUCGCGCCGCGAGGGCGUCCAGCCCACCGACCUGGCGUCUCUGAUUUACACGUCCGGCACGACGGGCAGGCCCAAGGGCACCGUCGUCACCCGCGCGCGCUACGCGCUCCUCAAGCAGGCCGGCGGCCGGGUGGGCCUCGGGCCCGGCACCCGGUUCUACACGUGCCUGCCGCUGUACCACGCGUCGGCGCAGUGCCUGGCGUGCGCGGCGUGCAUGCACGCGGGCGCGACCCUCGUGCUCUCGCGCCGGUUCUCCCACGCCACCUUCUGGCCCGAGGUCCGCGCGUCGCGCGCCGCCGUGAUCCAGUACGUCGGCGAGCUGUGCCGGUACCUGCUGAACGCGCCGGCGGACCCGCUGGACGCCGCCAACGACGUGCGCGUCGCGUGGGGCAACGGCCUGCGCCCGGACAUCUGGGAGGCGUUCCGGGCGCGCUUCGGCAUCGACGCCAUCUACGAGUUCUACGCGUCGACGGACGGCGUCGGGUUCCUCAUGAACGCCAGCCGCAACGAGUACUCGCGGGGCGCGAUCGCGAUCCGCGGGCCCCUGUGGCACCUGGUCAACGGCGCGGGGGACACCCGCGUCAGGAUCGACCCGGAUACCCAGGACAUCGCGCGGGGGGGCGACGGCUUCGCGAUCCGCUGCAAGACGGACGAGGCGGGCGAGGCUAUCUGCCGCGUGGACCCGCAGAAGACCGCGACGCCGGUGUACCACGGGAACCCGGAGGCCGGGCAGAAGCGGCUGGCCAGGGAUGUGUUCAAGAAGGGGGACGUGUGGUUCCGGACGGGCGAUGCGAUGCGGCUAGACGCGGAAGGGCGGCUGUUCUUCGUAGACCGUCUCGGGGACACGUUCCGAUGGCGCUCGGAGAACGUGUCGACGACGGAGGUGGGCGACGUGGUGGGCGCGUUCGCGCAGAUCGCCGAGGCGAACGUAUACGGGGUGCUGGUCCCCAACGCCGACGGGCGAGCCGGGUGCGCGGCGGUCGUCGCGGCGGAGGGGACCUCGAUUGGCGCCGAGGACAUAGCCAGCGGGAAGGGUUUGGAUCUGAAGGGGCUAGCAGAGCACUGUCUCGCGAACCUGCCGCGGUAUGCGGUGCCUAUAUUCCUGCGGGUCGUCAAGCAGCUCGAGUACACGGCUACGAUGAAACUUCAGAAGGGACCCUUGAGGUCGGAGGGGAUCGACCUAGAUGUUAUUGAGGAGGCGGCGAAGGAGAAUGGGAAAGAACCCGACACGAUAUAUUGGCUGCCUCCUGGUCAGAAGACGUAUGUUCCGUUUACGCGUAAAGAUUUACAGAAUCUUAAGGGUGGAAAAGUACAGCUUUGAUCUUAUAUGGAUGUUAUUUAUUCCACUGCAAUAAUGUAAUCAGAAAUUUUCGUUGUAAACAAGAAUAGUAAACUUGGGUGCUUAUAGGCGUUGAAAUACAGUCAUCAUGGAAUUUAUCACGUUAGGAAUUAGGUGAGCACCUGCCACCUAGGGUUAGACGAAAU